AUGGCGCUCAAGCGGAGCUCGUCGGCCCCGCCGGUCCGGAUUUAUCCUCCGCGGCUUUCCCUCUUGCUGCUGGUGCUGGUGCCCGUGAUGCUUUCGGCGGCGGCGGCAGCGGCGGCCGCUUCUUCCCGGCCCGCCUACCCUCGCUUCUCGCCCUUCUUCUUCCUUUGCACCCACCACGGGGAGUUGGAAGGGGACGGCCAGCAAGGCGAGGUGCUCAUCUCUCUCCACCUGGCAGGGAACCCCACUUUCUACGUGCCGGGACAGGAAUAUCACGUGACUAUUUCAACAAGCACCUUUUUUGAUGGCAUAUUGGUCACAGGACUUUAUACAUCUACCAGUGUUCAAAUUUCGCAAGGCAUUGGUGGGUCCAGUGCAUUUGGAUUCGGAAUAAUGUCUGAUCACCAAUUUGGGAAUCAAUUCAUGUGCAGUGUGGUUGCAUCGCACGUCAGCCACCUUCCAACCACAAAUCUCAGUUUUGUUUGGAUUGCUCCUCCUGCAGGAACAGGCUGCGUGAAUUUUAUGGCAACUGCUACUCACAGAGGUCAAAUUAUAUUCAAGGAUGCCUUAGCCCAGCAGUUGUGUGAACAAGGAAGUCCAACAGAAGCUCCCUUCCAUCCUCUUUUAGCUGAGAUGCACAGCAACAGCAUCAUAUUACGGGAUGAUUUUGAUUCUUAUCACUUGCAAGGAUUGAAUCCUACGAUGUGGUCUGAAUGCAGCAACUGUGAGGUUGGAGACCAGUGUGGUGUCAUCAUGCACGGGAGUGCUGUCACUUUUUGUGAGCCAUACGGGCCAAGAGAACUAAUUACCAAUGGCCUUAACACAACGACAGCUUCUGUGCUCCAAUUUUCAAUAGGGUCAGGUUCGUGCCGUUUUAGUUACUCCGAUCCAGACAUAAUUGUCUCCUAUUCAAAGAAUAAUUCAGAAGAUUGGAUUCAACUGGAGAAAAUUAGAGCUCCUUCUAAUGUCAGCACCAUCAUCCACAUUCUGUAUCUCCCCGAAGAAGCCAAAGGAGAAAAUAUUCAAUUUCAGUGGAAGCAGGAAUAUGUACAUGUGGGUGAAGUGUACGAAUCCUGCUGGGCGUUGGACAAUAUCUUGAUCAUCAAUGCAGCUCACAGACAAAUCAUUUUAGAAGACAACCUUGAUCCUGUGGAUACGGGAAACUGGCUGUUUUUCCCUGGAGCCACGAUUAAGCAUAGCUGUCAGUCAGAUGGAAAUGCCAUUUACUUCCACGGGACUGAAGGCAGCGAGUUAAAUUUUGCCACCACACGCGACGUGGACCUCUCCACUGAAGACGCACAGGAGCAGUGGGCCGAAGAAUUUGAGAGCCAGCCAAAAGGGUGGGAUAUAUCUGGAGCAGUCAUCGGCACCGAAUGUGGGACCUUGGAAUCGGGUUCAUCCGCCGUGUUCCUCAGAGAAGGAGAGAGAAAACUAUGCACUCCGUAUAUGGACAUGACAGGUUAUGGAAAUCUGAGGUUUUAUUUCAGCAUGGGGGGAAGCUGUGACACUGGAGAAGCUCAUGAAAAUGAUGUCUUAUUAUACGCAAAAAUUGAAGGAAGAAAAGACCACAUAACCCUUGAUGCAAUGACCUAUGCUUCCCACAAGAGUCCCUCUUUGGUCUCAGUUGUCAUCAGUCCAGAACUUCAGACUCCGGCAACCAAAUUCUGCCUCAAGCAGAAGAACCACCAGGGACGGAACAGGAAUAUCUGGGCUGUCGAUUACUUCCAUGUCUUGCCAGUCCUUCCUUCUACUGUUACACAUAUGAUCCAGUUUUCCAUUAACUUGGGCUGUGGAACCCAUCAACCAGGCAACAGUGUUAGUUUGGAAUUCUCCACCAACCACGGACGUUCUUGGUCAUUACUUCACUCUGAAUGUUUGCCAGAGACGUGUUCUGGAUCCCAUCUUCCCCAUAGCACGGUCUAUGCAUCCGAAAACUACAGUGGGUGGAACCGUAUAACUAUUCCCCUUCCAAAUGCAGCCUUAACCAGAGAUACCAGAAUCCGAUGGCGACAAACCGGAUCGGUUCUUGGAAACAUGUGGGCAAUUGACAGCAUUUACAUUGGUCCAUCUUGUCUCAAAUUCUGCUCAGGGCGAGGUCAAUGCACAAGAAACGGUUGCAAGUGUGACCCUGGCUUUUCAGGCCCUGCCUGCGAAAUGGCCUCUCAAACUUUUCCAAUGUUUAUCUCGGAAAGUUUCAGCAAUGCCAGGCUCUCCUCCUAUCACAACUUUUACUCUAUCCGUGGUGCUGAAGUCAGUUUCGGCUGUGGAGUGCUAGCAAGUGGCAAAGCCCUGGUUUUUAACAAGGAUGGAAGACGUCAACUCAUCACGUCAUUCUUCGACAGCUCCCAAUCAAGAUUCCUCCAGUUUACUCUGCGACUCGGCAGCAGAUCUGUUCUGAGUACUUGCAAAGCACCUGACCAGCCUGGAGAAGGUGUUCUGUUGCACUAUUCGUACGACAAUGGGAUUACGUGGAAACUUCUGGAACAUUACCCCUAUCUCAACUAUCACGAGCCAAGAAUAAUUUCCGUGGAAUUGCCAGAAGAUGCAAGACAGUUUGGCAUUCAGUUCCGGUGGUGGCAACCAUACCAUUCUUCUCAAGGCGAAGAUGUUUGGGCCAUUGAUGAAAUCAUUAUGACCUCCGUGCUUUUCAAUAGCAUUAGCCUGGACUUCACCAACUUGUUGGAAGUUACUCAGUCCCUUGGAUUCUACUUGGGGAAUGUUCAACCAUACUGUGCCCAUGACUGGACACUCUGUUUUACAGGUGAUUCCAAGUUAGCUUCUAGUAUGCGCUAUGUAGAAACACAAUCUAUGCAAAUUGGAGCAUCAUAUAUGAUUCAGUUCAACUUGGUGAUGGGCUGUGGCCAGCAAUACACACCCCACAUGGACAAUCAGGUGAAACUGGAGUACUCCACUAAUCAUGGCCUUACUUGGCAUCUGGUUCAAGAGGAAUGCCUUCCAAGUAUGCCCAGUUGCCAAGAAUUUACACCAGCAAGUAUCUACCACUCCAGUGAAUAUACAAAGUGGAGAAGAAUCACUGUACUUUUACCCCAAAAAACAUGGUCCAGUGCAACACGUUUCCGCUGGAGUCAGUGCUAUUACACCUCUCAAGAUGAAUGGGCCCUGGACAACAUCUAUAUAGGACAGCAGUGCCCAAAUAUGUGCAACGGGCAUGGCUGGUGCGAUCAUGGCUUUUGCAGAUGUGACUCUGGAUACCAAGGUACUGAAUGCCACCCUGAAAAUAAUCUGCCUUCAACGAUAAUGUCUGAUUUUGAGAAUCCCAACACUUUGGCAAAAGAAUGGCAGGAAGUCAUUGGUGGAGAGAUUGUAAAACCAGAACAAGGCUGCGGAGUGAUCUCUUCUGGAUCCUCUCUUUAUUUCAACAAGGCUGGGAAGAGACAAUUGGUGAGCUUGGACCUGGACACCACCUGGGUAGACUUUGUCCAGUUUUACAUUCAGAUCGGCGGAGAGAGUCCUUCCUGCAACAAACCAGACAGCCGAGAAGAAGGAGUUCUCUUGCAGUACAGCAACAAUGGAGGCAUCAACUGGCAUGCCCUGGCAGAAAUGUACUUCUCUGACUUCAGCAAGUCCAGGUUUGUCUAUCUGGAGCUCCCUCCUGCUGCAAAGACCCCCUGCACUCGAUUCCGUUGGUGGCAGCCGGUGUUUUCGGGAGAGGGCUAUGAUCAGUGGGCUAUUGAUGACAUCAUCAUUCUCUCCGAAAAGCUGAAACAGAUCAUCCCUCUGGCUAACCCCACCCUGCCUCAGAACUUUUAUGAGAAACCAGCCUUUGAUUACCCCAUGAACCAGCUCAGCAUGUGGCUAAUGUUAGCGAAUGAAGGGAUGCCCAAAAAUGAAACGUUUUGUUCGGCUACCCCAUCAGCAAUGAUAUUUGGCAAGUCAGAUGGUGAUCGGUUUGCAGUGACCCGGGAUUUAGUGCUGAAACCAGGUUACGUCCUUCAAUUCAAGCUGAACAUUGGAUGCACAGAUCAGUUCAGUAGCUCGGCUCCAGUUCUUCUUCAGUAUUCCCACGAUGCCGGCUUGUCUUGGUCGCUGGUGAAGGAGGGCUGCUUCCCAGCAUCCCCCGGGGUGAAAGGAUGCGAAGGGAGCACCAGGGAAUUGACGGCGCCAACCAUGUAUUACGCGGGAGAUUUUGAAGAGUGGACAAGGAUCACUAUUGUUGUUCCGAGAUCGCUCGCUGCGAGAAAGACCAGGUUCCGCUGGAUACAAGAGAGCCGCUCGCAAAAGAGCCUUCCUCCCUUUGGCUUGGACGGGGUGUAUAUUUCAGAGCCGUGUCCCAACUACUGCAAUGGCCAGGGAGACUGCAUUUCAGGCGUCUGUUUUUGUGACAUGGCCUAUACAGUUCAGUUCUAUGUACAAAUUGGAAGCAAAACAGCUGGUACAGACUGCAACAGACCCCGAGCCAGGAACGAAGGGCUUGUGGUCCAGUAUUCAAAUGACAAUGGAAUCAGCUGGACUUUGCUACGAGAACUGGACUUCUUGUCUUUCUUGGAGCCACAGAUUGUGUCUAUUGAAUUGCCCUGGGAGGCCAAAACAUCAGCCACUGCAUUUCGGUGGUGGCAACCUCAGCAUGGAAAGCAUUCAGCCCAGUGGGCUUUGGAUGACGUCCUUGUAGGAAUGAACGACAGCUCUCCAAUGGGUUUUCAAGAUAAAUUUGAUGGCUCUGUAGAUUUGCAGUCAAAUUGGUACCGGGUUCAAGGGGGGCAGGUCAACGUCGAUUGUCUAUCUAUGGAUACCUCUCUCAUCUUCAGUGAAAAUAUAGGAAAGCCACGUUACGCGGAGACCUGGGAUUUCCACGUGGCUGAUUCCACCUUUAUGCAGUUUGAGCUGAACAUGGGCUGCAGCAAACCCUUCAGCGAUGCCCACGGCAUUCAUUUCCAGUACUCCCUGAACAACGGAAAAGAUUGGCACUUGGUGACGGAAGAGUGUGUGCCGCCCAGAAUCGGCUGCCAACAUUACACGGAGAGUUCGGUUUACAGUUCAGAAAGAUUUCAGAAUUGGAAACGGAUCACGCUGUCUCUUCCUCCUGCAGCCAUGUCCUCCAGAACACGCUUCCGAUGGAUCCAACAUGAUUAUACCCCUGGUGGGGACACCUGGACUAUUGAUAAUGUCAUCCUGGCCACUGGAUGUCCCUGGAUGUGUUCCGGUCAUGGAAUCUGUGAUUCUGGGCAUUGUGUGUGUGACAGAGGUUUUGGAGGGCCUUAUUGUGUGCCUACUGUUCCUCUCCCAACUGUGCUAAAGGAUGACUUCAACAGCAACCUCCAUCCAGACCUCUGGCCUGAAGUCUACGGAGCCGAGAGAGGAAACCUGAAUGGUGACACCAUCAAGUCCGGAACCAGCCUCAUCUUCAAAGGGGAAGGGUUGAGGAUGCUCGUUUCAAGGGAUUUGGACUGUACCAAUACAAUGUACAUUCAGUUUUCAUUCAGAUUUUUAGCUAGAGGUACCCCAGAGAGAUCACAUUCUAUUCUGCUCCAGUAUUCCCUCAAUGGAGGAAUCACGUGGCACCUGAUAGAUGAGUUUUACUUCACCCAAACAACUGAUGUCCUUUUCAUUAACAUCCCACUGCCAUAUUCAGCGCGAAACAGUGCUACCCGUUUCAGGAUCUGGCAACCCUACAACAACGGUAAGAAGGAGGAGAUUUGGAUUAUAGACAACUUCAUUAUUGAUGGAAAUAACCUCAAAAAUCCUGUGAUCCUUUCGGAUACCUUUGACUUGGGCCCAAAGGAAGACAACUGGUUUUUCUAUCCUGGUGGUAACAUUGGACUUUACUGUCCAUAUUCAUCCAAAGGAGCACCAGAAGAAGAUUCUGCGAUGGUAUUUGUUUCAAAUGAAGUCGGAGAGCAUUCAAUUACAACGAGAGAUUUGAACGUAAACGAAAAUACCAUAAUCCAGUUUGAGAUUAAUAUUGGCUGCACCACAGAUAGCUCCUCUGCUGACCCAGUGAAACUUGAAUUCUCCCGAGACUUGGGCGCAACAUGGCACCUACUACUUCCUCUAUGCUACAGUAGCAGCAGCUAUCUCAGUUCUCUCUGCUCGGUUGAGCAUCACCCAAGUAGCACCUACUACGCUGGAACAACCCAGGGCUGGAGAAGAGAAGUCAUCCAUUUUGGAAAGCUACAUCUUUGUCAACUGGAAUCGGACAGGUUCUUACUGGUGAGUGGCGGAAAACCAUCCAGGAAAUGUGGAAUCCUGUCAGGAGGAAACAACCUCUUCUUUAACGAGGAAGGAUUGCGAAUGUUGAUGACUCAAGAUCUGGAUUUAUCCCAAGCUAGAUUUGUGCAGUUCUUCAUGAGGCUGGGAUGUGGCAAAGCAGUACCUGAUCCCAGGAGUCAGCCAGUGUUGUUACAAUAUUCCCUUAAUGGUGGACUCCGAUGGAAUCUACUUCAGGAAUUUCUCUUCAGCAAUUUGAGCAAUAUCGGACGGUACAUCGCCUUGGAAAUCCCUUUAAAAGCUCGUUCGCCCUCUACGCGUCUCCGCUGGUGGCAGCCAUCUGAGAACGGGCAUUUCUACAGCCCUUGGGUCAUUGACCAGAUCCUUAUUGGUGGAAAUAUUUCUGGCAACACAGUCCUGGAAGAUGAUUUCAACACCUUGGAUAGCAAGAAAUGGCUUCUCCACCCAGGUGGAACCAAAAUGCCUGUCUGUGGCUCCUCUGGAGAUGCUCUGGUCUUCAUUGAGAAAGCCAGCACUCGCUACGUGGUCACAACUGACAUCGCCAUAAACGAAGACUCUUUUCUUCAGCUGGAUUUUGCUGCUUCCUGUUCAGUCACGGACUCUUGCUAUGCUAUCGAGCUGGAAUAUUCUGUGGACCUUGGUUUGACAUGGCAACCUGUGGUAAAAGACUGCCUUCCUACUAAUGUGGAAUGCAACAGGUAUCAUCUGCAGAGGAUCUUGGUCUCUGACACCUUCAACAAAUGGACAAGAAUUAUCUUGCCACUUCCUCCUUACACCAGGUCUGAUGCGACCCGUUUCCGUUGGCACCAAACAGCUCCUUUCGACAAGCAGCAAACCUGGGCUAUUGACAAUGUCUACAUAGGCGAUGGCUGUAUAGAUAUGUGCAGCGGGCAUGGAAGAUGCACGGAAGGAAACUGUGUGUGCGAUGAAAACUGGAGCGGCUUAUACUGCGACGAGCCAGAUGUCUCCCUCCCCACCCAACUGAAAGACAAUUUCAACCGUGCCCCAUCCAGCCAGAACUGGCUAACCGUCAACGGGGGCAAACUAAGCACCGUCUGUGGUGCGGUGGCUUCUGGGAUGGUUCUUCAUUUUAGCGGGGGAUGCAGCCGUUUGCUUGUGACAGUGGAUCUCAACCUAACCAAGGCAGAAUUCAUUCAGUUUUACUUCAUGUACGGAUGUCUGAUCAGCCCCAACAAUCGUAAUCAAGGAGUUCUCCUGGAAUACUCUAUGAAUGGUGGCAUUACGUGGACGCUCUUGAUGGAAAUCUUUUACGACCAGUUCAGCAAGCCUGGCUUCGUGAACAUUAUGCUUCCUCCGGACGCCAAGCGAGUGGGAACUCGUUUUCGCUGGUGGCAGCCUAAACACGAGGGUCUCGACCAAAGCGAUUGGGCUAUUGACAACGUAUUGAUCUCUGGCUCAGCAGAUCAGAGGACGGUGAUGCUGGAUACUUUUAGCAGUGCGCCAUUGCCUCAGCACGAACGCUCUCCAGCUGAUGCGGGACCCACCGGCAGAAUUGCUUUUGAUAUGUUUUUAGACGACAGAACAACAGUGAAUGAGCUCUGGAUGUUCCAUGAUGAUUGUUCCAUUGAAAAAUUCUGUGAUUCCCCUGAUGGGGUCCUGAUGUGUGGUAGCCAUGAUGGCCGAGAGGCCUACGCCAUCACCCACGACCUAACUCCUAUGGAGCAUUGGAUCAUGCAGUUCAAGAUUUCUGUUGGAUGUAAAACCUCAGAAAAAAUUGCUCAGAACCAAGUCCAUGUACAAUAUUCCACCGAUUUUGGCGUGAGUUGGAGGUACCUCAUCCCUCAGUGUUUGCCUGCCGACCCCAAGUGCUCUGGGGCUGUUUCCCAGCCUUCUGUCUUCUUCCCAACCAAAGGAUGGAAAAGGAUAACAUACCCAUUGCCUGAAAACCUAGUAGGAAAUCCAGUGAGAUUCAGAUUUUAUCAGAAGUACUCCGAUAUGCAGUGGGCCAUUGACAAUUUCUACCUUGGGCCUGGUUGUGUCGAAAACUGCCAAGGCCAUGGGGAUUGCUUGAAAGAGCAGUGCAUUUGCGAUCCAGGAUUCUCUGGGCCGAAUUGUUACUUGACCCAUCCUCUGAAGACCUUCUUGAAGGAGCGUUUCGACAAUGAAGAAAUUCGCCCUGAUUUAUGGAUGUCCCUGGAAGGCGGGCUGGCCUGUCUGGAAUGUGGGGUUCUGGCCGAGGACACGGCUCUAUAUUUUGGAGGACCAACCGUGAGGCAGGCGGUGACCCAAGACCUGGACCUGCGGGGCGCAAAGUUUCUACAAUACUGGGGAAGAAUAGGGAGUGAAAACAACAUGACCACUUGUCAUAGACCAACAUGUCGAAAGGAAGGAGUUCUACUGGAUUACUCAACAGAUGGAGGAAUAUCGUGGACGUUACUGCAUGAGAUGGAUUAUCAGAAAUAUAUCUCCAUCAGGCACGAUUAUAUUCUGCUCCCAGAAAAAGCUCUCACCAACACAACCCGCCUACGCUGGUGGCAACCAUUUGUGAUUAACAACGGCAUUGUUGUUUCGGGGUUUGAUCGUGCUCAGUGGGCCCUGGAUAACAUACUGAUUGGCGGAGCAGAAAUCAAUCCCAGUCAACUGGUUGACACGUUCGAUGACGAAGGCAUCUCCCAUGAAGAAAAUUGGAGUUUCUACCCAAAUGCAGUCAGGACGGCAGGGUUCUGCGGUAACCCCUCCUUUCAUCUCUAUUGGCCAAAUAAGAAAAAGGAUCAGACGUAUAAUAUCUUGUCUUCCCGGGAGCUCAUUAUACAACCUGGAUACAUGAUCCAGUUUAAAAUUGUGGUUGGCUGUGAAGCAACAUCUUGUGGUGAUCUCCAUUCAGUAAUGCUGGAGUACUCUAAGGAUGCUAGAUUAGACUCCUGGCAGCUCGUCCAGACGCAGUGCCUUCCGUCUUCCUCCAACAGCGUUGGCUGCUCCCCGUUUCAGUUUCACGAAGCGACCAUCUAUAACUCUGUCAACAGCUCCACUUGGAAGAGGAUAACCAUUCAGCUGCCAGAUCAUGUCUCCUCCAGUGCGACCCAGUUCCGGUGGAUCCAAAAAGGAGAAGAACCAGAAAAACAAAGUUGGGCGAUCGAUCAUGUGUACAUCGGAGAAGCAUGUCCCAAACUCUGCAGCGGCCACGGAUAUUGUACCACGGGGGCCAUUUGUAUUUGUGAUGAGGAAUACCAAGGUGACGAUUGCUCUGUUUUCAACCAUGAACUUCCCAGCUACAUUAAAGACAAUUUCGAGUCGGCAAGAAUUACCGAAAUAAACUGGGAAAUUAUUCAGGGUGGAGUGAUAGGGAACGGAUGUGGACAGCUAGCCCCAUACGCUCAUGGUGACUCUCUCUAUUUCAAUGGCUGUCAGAUAAGGCAAGCGGUGACCAAGGCUCUGGAUUUAACCCGAGCAAGCAAAAUAAUGUUUGUUUUGCAAAUUGGAAGUCUUUCACAAACCGAUAGUUGCAACACAAAUCUCAGUGACCCCAACACUGUGGACAAAGCUGUGUUGCUCCAGUACAGCGUAAACAAUGGAAUUACAUGGCAAGUCAUUGCACAACACCAGCCAAAAGAUUUUAUACAAGCACAAAGAGUGUCUUACAAUGUGCCACUGGAGGCACGGAUGAAGGGGGUGUUACUUCGCUGGUGGCAAUCCCGCCACAGUGGCUCAGGCCACGAUCAAUGGGCCCUGGACCACGUAGAAGUUGUUCACACUCGCAAACAAAAUUACAUGAUGAAUUUUUCACGGCAACACGGGCUCAGGCAUUUCUACAACAGAAGACGGAGGUCCCUUCUUAGGCGGUCCCCGUGAAGAACAAGAGUUUCCUCUCUCUCUCUCUCUCUUUUUUUUUUUUGGUCCUUUUUUUCCCUUUCCUGACCUGUGACGUUUUUGCUUUCAAUUCCCCCCCUCAACCAAGCACCGCAAAUUUGAUUUACAAGGACUUUUUCUCCAUACGCACCCACAUACACCCCACCCUUUUCCUUCCUGGAGGUAUAUUUUUAAAGCCUCCCUCAAGGCAGAAAGUUACACCCUGUUUUUUCGCACUGUGAUCCUCAUGGGAAGCGACCUUAUUUUUCUCAUAGGUAAAUGUUUUUUGAAUGUCGUGUCUGUGAACAAAAAAAAAAAAUUGUGAUUCUGUUGUAAAACCAGUUACAGUGGCAGUAUUGGAAGUAAAGCGACUGUUUUGAACAGGAGGAGGAAGAAGAAAAACAAACGUGUAAGCACAAAAAGACUUAAUAUUUAACGUCAGAAAAUGAUAUUAAGUACAAUUCAGUAUUUAAAUGCACUGUAU